AUGAUAACAAUAAAAGAAGAAUUAGAGAAUUAUUCAUUCUCUAAAUAUUUUUCAAGAUUUUAUUAUUAUUUUAAAAGUCAUUCAUCAUCAAAUAAUAAUAAUGUCAAUAAAAAAACCAUUAGUAGUAACAAAGAAAACGAAAAUGGGGCUAAUAACAAUAAUAGUAAUAAUAAAAAAUCACCCUCACUAUUAAGAGAUAGUGGUAAUAAUAACAUUAAUGAAGACGACGACUCAACUGCCACAUUACUAAAAAAUAGCAAUGGGUGUUGUGGCGAUCAUAAUAAAGAAAGCAUAAUAAAAAAAACCAAAUACUCACUAAAUAACUACAGCGAUACACCAGAUCAUUUAAGAAGACCAUUUAUAUUGGAGGGAUACAGAGUGGAUUUUUCUUAUUGGUUAGCAUUCAAAUCUAUAUUUAUAUUUGGUCAUAAUGACAUUUCAAAUAUUUACAGUCAUUUGAUACCAGCAAUUUAUUUUAUAUAUACACUCUAUGGAAUUUUAGUAAAAAACAAUUAUAAUAUCACAGAAACACCAGAUAAAGUUAUGUUUGGUAUAUUUUUAGGCUCUGCUAUUUGUACAUUUAUUUGCUCAGUGUUGUAUCAUACAUUUGGAUGCCAUUCAUAUAGCACUUAUAAAAAGUUAUUACUCUGCGAUUAUUUGGGUAUUGUAUUGCUUAUUGGCUCAUCUUUUUACCCAUCGCUCUUUUACACAUACAAAUGUCAUGCGAACUUGAUGGUGCUCUACUUGUUUACAAUUACUUUUCUUUGCUUUUCUUUAUGUGCUUUAAUAUUUGUGCCAAGAUUCCAGGAGCUUCAUACACUUAGAAAUAGUUUGUUCUGUGCCACAGCUCUCUUUGGUGUUUUCCCAGCUAUACACACUUUCUUUAUUUUCGACUACUCUCUUUCAUUCCAGUUCAUCAAGAGAAUAAUUACAAUGUUUUUAAUUUUUGGCUUGGGUUUAUUCUUUUAUAUUUAUAAAAUUCCAGAAUCAAUUUGGCCAAAAGCUGGCUUAUAUCACAGUUCUCAUAGUUUUUGGCACUGGUUUACCGCAUUGGGUCCACUCUACCAUUUAGAUACCUGCCUAUUGUUAUUUGAGCAAGUUGCCACUAUCACAUGUCCUAUUUAA